GAAGAGUUGAUUAUGCAGUGAAGUUGUUGCUUUUUUUAAUUGUUAUUUUUUGGUUAGCUUUACAAUAACCAUCUUUUAAUACCUUAGUUGAGGAGUAUCAGUGCAAUUUAGCUUUUAGGAUUCAACAUGGAGAAACUAAUUUUGAUGUUAUUAGCCACAGUGGCGAAUGUCAUAUCCAGUCCAUUAAUAACACUUCAAGAACUACAGAACCAGCAACAAAACAAAGCCAAAUUCUGCUCGAGCCUUCUACACUUCAACAAAUAUUACUACUCACCAGGAGAAUCCAUAGCCAUAAAUGGUUACCCAGCAGACAUGAGUGUACAUUGGCAAACAGGGAACAUAUACUACACACUAAUAAACAAUGAAAUGAAGAUGAACCUGCAAGUAUUGCAUUCUAGCGGUGAUUUUGAGACGAUAAAAGUGGUUGGAUUAGGUCAAUCGAGUACAGUUGAUAACCUAAACGAUAUCGUGUACCUAGCUACAGAUAACGGGGUGUAUAAAUACAAUGAUGACGGUACAACGGAACGAUAUGCAGCGUUAAAUGAAGAUGUCAUGUAUUUGACUGUCUCACACGAUGGUUCUGUAAUGUAUAUAGCGACAUGGCCUCAGAAUCGUGUGCAUAAAAUAACCAACGAAGGUCAGAAACAAGAAACUUUCUCCCCUAUUCCGAAUGGUCAUGGUCUGACAACGGAUACUAGGGAUAACAUUUUCUUUAUUGCCACAAAAACGUCGUAUGUACUCAAAAAUGAUCAGACUGUACCUAUUAAAAUUAAAGGGUUGCCUAACGAAAGAAUGACUGGGGUAUUCGUCUCUCGUUCAGACGAAGUGUUUGCUAUGGAUGACAAUAGCAAUCUUUAUACGAUUGAUGUUGAAAAUGACAGUGCUAACCUUUUAGGAUCUUUCAAUGUGACAGAUGUUAACACUUUCGCUAUGGACGCCGCGGACAAUGUUCUGAUUGGUGUGAAGGGAAGGAUUCUCAAGUUUAAUGCAUACGAUCGCAAUCCAUGCGAAGAAACGUACGACUCUUAAAUUACACUUUCUUUGUUUUUUUUUUGUGUAACUUCGUAUUGUAACUAACCUAAAUUAUUAUUUAUUAAAAUCUAUCAAAGUAAUUUACUUUCUUGUGUUUCACGUCUACCAUUAUUAUUUUUCAAUUUUUAUAAAUCUCUUACUUCUGU